GAAGCAGCAACUUAAAGCUGCUAGGGCCAAAAAGUGUGUGAAGAAAUCUCAUGUAUUUUAUGAACAAACAGAUUAUGAGAAUCUGGUUUGGUCAGAUCAAGACAUUGAUGAGAGAGCUUCCAAUUUCUUUACUGUUUUAUUAACGGCUAAUGAAAACAAAAAUAUCUGGAAACCUUCGGGUAGGCCUUCAACUUAUGUUGGAGGUUCUAAAAGAACUCAAAGAUGCAAAAAAGCGGAGCUAAAGAAGGCUGCACAAGACACUCGAUCUAUCACUGCUUACUUUGCUCCUACCUUAAUGUACGUAUCAGUAGAAAAAGAUAUUGAUGAGAGAACAAAAAUGAUGUUGGCAAUUGAGGAGUUAGAUAGGAUGUUAAAAAAGGAUAACAAUCAAAUGGAUAAAGGCCCCGUUCUUCUUGAAUAUGAUGACGAAGAUCUUAUUAAACUAGUAGAGAAGGAAAUUCCUCCUGAAGAAAAGCGGCAUUGUGUAAUAACACAUGAUGAGACAACAUUAUCCACAAAUGACGAUGAAAAAAUGGGAUGGGGGCCCAAAGGUAAACAAAAAAUACGUCCAAAAGGACAGGGCAGGGGCAUUCAUGUUAGCGAAUUUUUGUGUGAGCCAUUGGGUCGGGUUCAUUUAACUGAAGAACAACAUGCAGCCCAUCCCGAAAUCCCAAAACGUUACGUUAUGGAGCUGUUAAAAAUUGGUGUAAACUAUGAAGGUUAUUGA